UACUACUUUUCUUAAAUUAGUCUUUCAUAAGAAAAGUACAUUUCUUUGAUUCUGCUAAUUCUUUUGGUUUACUAUUGGAAAAUGGUUUCUAGGAAAACCUUAUUCUUCCUUGGUCUCUUGGCCAUGAUUGCUCUAAUCCCCUUAGUUGUAGUAGCUAGGAAUUCACCUAAGACUUCCUCCUUAAUAUCUAAAACCAGCAAUGGCGGUAGUUGUGUAAGUGCAAAUUGUUUUGGUCUCCCUGGUUUCGAUAUCCCUGGGUUUGGUGGUGGUAUGCCUGGCAUCCCUGGUGGUGAUGGUGGUAUGCCUGACAUUGAUUUCCCUAUUAUCCCUUGGUUUGGUGGUGGUAUCCCUUGGUUUGGUGGUGGAGGCGGGCCUACCAGUGGUGGUGGUCCUGGUGGUGGUGGUGGGGGACCUAGUGGCGGAGGUGGGCCUAGCGGUGGUGGUGGGGGGCUUGGAAUUGAUUUCCCUAUCAUCCCUUGGUUAGGUGGUGGUAUUCCUUGGUUUGGUGGUGGAGGCGGGCCUACUAGUGGUGGUGGUCCUGGUGGUGGUGGGGGACCUAGUGGCGGAGGUGGGCCUAGCGGUGGUGGUGGUCCUGGCGGUGGUGGUAUGCCUGGCAUUGAUUUCCCUAUUAUCCCUUGGUUUGGUGGUGGUAUCCCUUGGUUUGGUGGUGGAGGCGGGCCUACCAGUGGAGGUGGGCCUAGUGGUGGUGGGGGGCCUAGUGGUGGAGGUGGGCCUAGUGGUGGUGGUGGUGCUGGCAGUGGUGGGGAGCCUAGUGGCGGAGGUGGGCCUAGUGGUGGUGGUGGGUCUGGCGGAGGAGGUGGGCCUGGUGUCGGUGGAUAUGGUGGUGGGCCUAGCGCUGGUGGUGGUGCUGGCGGUGGUGGGGGGAGUGGCGGUGGUGGGGGGCCUAGUGGUGGAGGUGGGAGUAGCGGUGGUGAUAUGUCUGGUGGCGGAGGUGGGCCUAGUGCUGGUGGAUAUGGUGGUGGGCCUAGCGGUGGUGGUGGGUCUGGCGGAGGAGGUGGGCCUGGUGUCGGUGGAUAUGGUGGUGGGCCUAACAGUGGUGGUGGUGGUGGGCUCGGUGCUGGAGGUGGGCCUGGUACUGGUGGAUAUGGGGGUGGGCCUGGCGGCGAUGGGGGUGGGCCUGGUGUCGGUGGCUAUGGUGGUGGGCCUGGUGGUGGGGGUGGGCCUAGUGUCGGAGUUGGGCCUGGUGUUGGUGGUAUGCCUAUUGGGGGAGGUGGACCUGGUGUUGGUGCCCCUGGUGGCGGAAGAGGAUAUGGUGGUGGGCCUCGUGUUUAAGAACUAUUUUGGAAGACAUAAAGUAGAGUUAUUUUGGAGUACAUAAAGUAGAUGCUUAUUUGAAUACAAAAUAGUGGAAGAGUGUGCACCUUGGAUUUUACUUAAAUAAUAAUGAUUUUUUUUACUCUGGCUUCAA